GGUUUCUGUUUGGGAUCUGCUGGGACCUGCUGUUUGAUGUUUAUCCCGAGCUGCCUGUGGAGAAACUCCUCAGUCGAGGAACUUUGAACAGACAGAACAGAACAUGUGUGUCUUGCUGUGGGUGGUGUUGGCGAUCGGGGUGCUGCUGUGUCCUGCGCAGGCCAUCGACGGAUACAGCCAGCUGGACCAGAGCAGCCGGGCCGGUGUGGACCUCGUCGUCCAACAACUGCAUGCUCAUGUCGGAGUUCAUGCGCAUUUCCUCUUCUUUCGGAGCGUGGAGAAGUCUGACAUCGAGGCUGGGUUUGGGGCGAGGCACAUCUCGCACCACUUCCUCCUGAAGCCCACCACUUGUGCUAAAGGAACAACUCCUGCCACCGUGGAGACCUGCCCCUUCAGGAACGAUAGGCCUCUGAUGGACUGCAAAGUUUGCUACAAAAUGUUUAGAGAUGAAAUAGAGGCCGAGCCAAAGCCGUAUGUCCACUGCAUCCAAAAACCCAAACUCACCCAGAUGAUGAGGCAAUCUCGACUGGACCGCUGCAGAAGGAUGAGAUACACGAACGGAGCGCCAACCCUACUGGCGUCCACCCAAAACUGAUCCUGUGUUGGCUUUCAGACCUCAGCUCAAUAGUUAUCCUACCAUGUAGAAUAUUUUCAUUAUUUCUUUAAUAAAUCACUAUUUUCUUUAUUAUAUUUUCAAAUGUUAAUUUUGUCAGGUUUUGUUCGAUUAGUAGCCUAACUUAAUACAGGCUAAUCAACUUUGUAAUGUAAUGUUUUUUUAAUUAAAGUCUAAAUUCUCUUUACUCUGAUA